UUUUUUUUUUCGUCUUCCUUCCUUGACUAUCCACGCACAUGGGCCAGGGAAUGAAGGGGCGGGCCGGUUUGGCAUAGGGGGCUCCCACCCAUCCUGCGCAUUGUGGCACGUAUGCGGGCCAUGCACGCACAUACGUCGGCUUUCGUCGGCUCCAUAAACAGUGAUUGGCAAUGUGUCAGGCUGAGCUCCUGUACCUGAAAAACACACGCACACAAGUGAAGGGCCAUACAUCAUCUGCCUCCCUUCAUCACCAUGCUUGUCGCACGCACCGAGAACAUAGGCUUCCGUCGCUCCAAGCGCCGCGGCAUGACGAAGAAUGUGACUGAGCGGUACAUCCGGCGCGACAUCCCAUGCGGCAUCUCGGAAUGCACCAGCUGCGUCCGCAACGCCAGUCUGCGGGACUCGGGCCUGCCCAUGCUGACCAGCACGCUGCCCGUGGUGGUUCCAGACAGCAGCGUGGUGAGCAGGUACAUUGAGCUGCUGGAGUCGCAGGAUUCGCUGCGCAAUCUUGUUUUUUGCCAGACGGUCAUCGAGGCGCUUGAUCGGCGCAACCGCACCAGAACCAUCCGCAAUGUCAGGCGGAUUGCUACUGAUGCUAGGCGCGGCUCGGCAGUUUUCGCCAAUGAGGUGUUCGCAGGCACCCAAAUCGAUAGGAUGCACGGCGAAUCCCUGGCGGUGCGCGACAUGCGGGCGGUUCGCAGCGCGGCAGCGUGGUUUUCCCAGCACUAUAGCGUUGUCGUCAUUGUGGUCACUCUGAGAAAGGUACGCAAGCUGGCCACUUGGCGUUUGGGGGCAGCGGACAGUGUCAGAGUUCUGGAUCUCGACGAGUUCCUCGCCACGUACCACCCGGCCCUCCUCGAUCACUACUCUGCGGUUACUGAGGCCACGGCCGACAAACCCGACAUGGACAUCUCAGCCCUGGAUCCGGUUGAGUUUGCGCAGCUGCGUCUGGCCAACAAGAGCAAGCAGGGGUAUGCCAGUUACUGGUCGCCCGAAGAGGUUGCCGAGGGCCUGCGCAUGGGCACACUGGAUAAGGAGCCAUCGGGUGUGAUUGAGCGUGAAGGAAAACCGGACAUUGUCGUCACGGGACGCCUGGCGCUCAACCGGGCGGCGGAUGGGGACACGGUGGUUGUACGGGUGCUGGCCAUGACCGAAGAAACUCCGGGGCUGGGCGCAGAUGGCAUCAGCGAGGAGGACCAGGACCAGGACGAUGCAGACGAGGAAAUGGCCGCCGAGCUCAUUGAUGCAGGCGAAGAAAUGGCCCCAGCGAGUGGCACGGAAAAGCCUGUGAGCGGCGUGGUGUGGCGCAUGUAUGCUGGGGGCGCCCAGCACCUGGCAGUGCCGGUAAAUGCGCAUGUCCCCAAGAUCCGGAUCCAUUACAUGGAUGCGGCAGUGAUAUCGGAUCUGUACUUUGUAUACCCACAUGGCCAUUUUAUCGACGUGAUCCUGGUUGAGCGCCAGAUCGCUGUCUUGCGCGAGAUGCCGGUCGAUUCGCCCACAGCCCCGUGGCAACCGGAUGCAGCGGAGCUUAUCUUUAGCAUUGACCCCAAGGGCAGCCAGGAUAUCGACGAUGCGAUAUCGAUGCGGCGCACUGAACAAGGUUUCGAAAUGGGCGUGCACAUUGCUGACGUGUCACAGUUCGUAGCGCAGGCGCGUGGUACAACCGUGUACCUCGCCGACCGCCGCUUCAAUAUGAUCCCUGAAGUGCUCAGCGAGCGCAUCUGCUCACUGCGCGGUGGGGCCGACCGGUACGCAAUGUCGGUUGUGUGGCAGAUGGACAGCAACUAUAAUGUGACCGAUACCUGGUUUGGGCGUACUGCUCAGGCAUUGCUGGAUGGCGCCGUAAGUGCCCCCGAGUUGUUGCGCUCCAGCAUUGUCGAGCUGACCACUGCGAUGCGCGUGUUGCGCGAGCGCCGACGCACCGAAGUCAAGUUCUCGUUUGACCCUGCAACGCACGCCAUCACCGAACUGACACCAAAGGCUGGCCUUGAGAUACACCGAGUGAUCGAGGAGGCCAUGGUGUUUGCCAAUGCAGCAGUGGCCCGCCGAAUCCACUCGGUAUUUCCGAAUUCCGAGCGGUUCGAGCGGCUAGUCAAAGCAGCCCGGUCCCGCGGGUUUGACAUUGACUGCUCGUCGAACAAGGCACUAGCUGAGUCACUGGCCUGCAUUGUCAAGGCCGCAGAGUCGUCGGAUCCUGACAUGAUCUUUAUGGCCAAGUCGAUGGCGACAUUGGCGAUGCAGGAGGCCCCAGCGCAGUUUGCGCACUACGGUUUGGCCCUCGAAUACUACACGCACUUCACGUCGCCAAUUCGCCGGUAUGCAGAUAUAGUUGUGCAUCGGCAGUUGGACCCCAUGGCUGCUGGGUCGCAAAAGUGGCUGAACCGCCAGAAGCUGUUCCAGAGCCGGUAUCAAGAGUACCUGGUAGCAGAUGGUGUUGUGGCCGAAGUACGCACGAACGGCUUGAUUGUCUACGUGCCCAAAUACGGCAUCCGUGGCGCCAUCAAGAUCCCGCUGUCGACUGCCAUUGACGGAUGCACUGAUUUUGAGGCUGAAGCUGAUAAGCUGUCAGUUAGGCUACCGAUAAACGUGCCAGUGUUCCACCUGGGCAGCGCAACUAUGACCUUUGCCGUGUUUGAUCACGUCAAAGUCUGUCUGCGUGUAUUGGAGACACGCAGGAGACGGCCCCCAGCAGCAGUCCAGACCAUAGGCAAGCAGCCUGCGUACCGAUCGAAUGUUUUGGGGAUAGACAAAAAGCUCGGCAACAGCCUGGUCCCGGUAUGGUCAGCCAAGAAGAAGGAGAAGCCGGCACUUUCCCCGGCUGCUGCUAUUCCGGACUUCUGUUCGAAAGGCAAGACUACGACCGAAUACUAUUCUGUAUUGGCAAAGUUUAGUCAGCUGUCUCUGUUGGAGACGUUUGCUGAUGUCCAGCAAAUCGAGGUGGAUAAUACUAGCACCACUUCGCGUGCUGGUUUAAAAUAAUACAGCAGUUUAACACGAGCUAUUCACAAUCUGC